CAAAAGCAUAUAUAGCCAGUCCAUUCAUACAGUAAUCCCAAAACCCAUUCAGAGCCAAAAGCUAAAAAUCAAAGAACUUCAGAGAUGGGUUUUGAUAAGGAACACAUAGUGAUGCUACCAUUCUUGGCUCAAGGCCAUCUGAUUCCAUUCCUAGCCCUAGCCAAGCAAAUCCAGCACAGAACAGGGUUCACCAUCACCAUCGCCACCACCGCCCUCAACGCCCAUUACCUUCGGUCUGCUCAACCCAACACCAACAUCCACUUGGCCGAGCUUCCCUUCCGCAGCGAAGACUAUGGCCUCCCGCCCAACACAGAGAACACAGAGAACAUACCUCUCAACGUAGUCGGAAACCUCUUCACUGCAUCGCAACAUCUCGAAGCUCCGACUCGCCGCCUUGUCUCGGACAUCACCGAAAAGGAAGGAAAGCCGCCGCUUUGCUUAAUCUCUGACGUGUUUUUUGGGUGGGCUGUGAAUGUAGCGAAAAGCUUCGGCACCGUCAACGUCGCUUUGUCCACCGGUGGGGCUUACGGCACGGCGGCGUACAUAUCCAUCUGGCAACAUCUCCCGCAUCGUAGUGUGUCUUCAGAAGACGAGGAGUUCCACCUUCCGGGGUUCCCGGAACGGUGUCGUUUGACACCGUCUCACUUGCAUCCGUUUUUGAGAGCCGCCGACGGUACUGAUUCUUGGUCGAGAUAUUUCCAGCCGCAGAUCUCGCUCUCCAUGAAGUCUUUUGGUUGCAUAUGCAACACCAUUGAGGAAAUCGAGCCGUUCGGAUUGGAAGUGUUGCGAAAUUACCUUAAGGUUCCUGUUUGGUCCGUUUUGGCUUCCAAUAUUUCCAGCAACAAAUAUUCCGGCAAGAAAUCCGGAAUUUCGGCUGAGAAAUGUAUUGAGUGGCUCGACUCGCACGCUUCCGAUUCGGUGGUGUAUAUCUCGUUCGGUUCUCAGAACACGAUCAGUGCCUCCCAGAUGAUAGAAUUGGCCAAAGGAUUGGAAAAGAGCGGGAAGCCUUUUGUCUGGGUCAUAAGGCCGCCGGUGGGUCACGACUUGAAGGGCGAGUUCCGACCGGAGUGGCUGCCGGAGCGUUUCGAGGAGCGAAUGAGGGAGACCAAGCAGGGGUUAUUGGUGCACAACUGGGCCUCGCAGCUGGAGAUUCUGUCGCACGCGGCGACGCGAGCGUUUGUGAGUCACUGCGGGUGGAACUCGGUGGUGGAGAGCUUGAGCAGAGGGGUGCCGAUCAUCGGGUGGCCGCUGGCGGCGGAGCAGGCGUAUAACUCAAAGAUGUUGGUGGAGGAGAUGGGUGUGAGUGUGGAGCUGACGAGGGGUGUGAAGAGUAAUGUGGAGGCGGAGGAGGUGAGGAGAGUGAUUGAGUUGGUGGUGGCCGAGAGUGGGGAAGGUGGUGAGAUGAGGAGAAGAGCUGGUGAGAUUAUGGAGAAGAUAAGAGGAGCUGUAGGGGAGGAUGGUGAAGCAAAGGGGUCUUCCCUUAAAGCUAUAGAUGAUUUUGUUUCUGAACUUCUUUCACAGAGAGAAGGAAGAGGAUCCAAAAUCCAGUAACUCUGUAUUUUCAAUUAGGAUGUACCUUGAAAGGGAAAAAGGAUCAAGGCUAGUAGUUCUAUAGUUUUCAAGUAUCAUGAAAAUGAGUAAUUUCAUACCUGGUUCCUUUAGAUCAA